CCUGGGAACCAUCAUAUGCCAUGGGUGUAGUCCUAAAAAAAGACAAAAGAGCCGGAGCGGCUCAAGAAAAAAAGGCAAAAAGACCAAAAAAUAAAUAAAUAAAUAAAUAAAAAUUAAAAACACUAGGUGUUACUAAUAGCUCCCCGUUUCAUAUUUUUCUCCAGAGGUUGGUACGGUUAAGUGAAAAUGCUUACUACAUCUCUGUUGUUAUGUAGGUACUGAGUUCAAAUAAAACUGUAUCCUUCAGCAAAGCAGAGCUGCCUUAUGAAUGAAUAAUUUUUUUUUUGCCUGUGGAAUUUCCCCUUGUUCAGCUCUUUUCCUAUUAUUCUAUUUAUUGUCACUUAAUAUAUAAGAGCUCCAUUAAGUUCCCAGGGACUCAGAAGAAAAUCUGUAUUAAUCUCAUGUCUGGGUGGGAAUGGAAUAAGAAAGCUGGUCAAUGUGUUUAUGUUGGGGUGAGGUGUGUGAUGGCAGUGGCAAAAAAUUUAUUUUUAGGCAAAUUACAGCCUUUUCUCCUCCUCUAAAAUCAUUGGUCACUUUCUCUUUAGGUCCUGCUUUGUCAGAUGACCUUAAUGAUCUCUGUUUUGUUUGGAAAAGCCAUCUAGUAACACUGGUAGCAAUAUUUGCCAUCCAGUUAUAUGGCCAGCAAGUGACAGAUUCCACUCCCACCCCAAGAAAGGUCUCCUUUUUUAGGGAAUACUGCGGUAGGAUGUACCUGGCCUUUAAGUUAUUCCCAAGGCUAGCCUAGAGGUUAAGGGAGAUUUCUUUGAAUGAAACUUUGCACAGUUAAAAAGCACUUAUCCCUGAUAACUGGUCUUUGGACCAUCCCGUCUUCUCAGUGGACCUUGCCUAGCUAAUGUGUUCUGAUAUCUGAAUGGAUAGCUGAAUGUUUGACAUCAUGUGUCAUUAGCAUAUGGCUCAAACCUGACAGCCUCUGCAGCUCUGAGGCAAUGUUUGAGCAAGUCUUUUUGCACACCCAGAUGACACACUCUGCCGUGGGUUGCCGGUAUGGUUCACAAAUCAAGGAGGCAUAGCAUAAUAUUGCUUAAGAUCUUAGGAGUUUUAAAGGAAUGGAGCAAGAAGCUUACUUUAAAGAUUUAAGCUUUUGGCUGGGGGCAGGGGAUGAAAUUCCUAACCUUGGCUUUCUAAAAGGAUUUUGCAGACCUAGUUUCCUUUUUUACACAUUAUUUCAAUCUAGUGUGUAUAACCACAGCAUGAGAAUUAAGGACCAGGGUUAAAGUGAAACCUGCAAAUAAUUCAGAGCUUCUCACAUUUGAAUUUUCUCAGAAGAAUUUGCCUUGUCAUUGUUUAUUAUAAUGACAAAAAGCAGGAGAUCUCACUCCACCCCCCCCCAACACAAGCAUAACACAGGGAUUUUGUUUUUUCUUUUCCUUGUGUCAGAGACUUUAAAUUUUUUAAUCCAGAUUAUAAAAGAAUGUAAUUUAGAAUAGCUCUUGAAAGAAAGAAGGGGAGAAAACCCCCUUCAUAUCAGAACUCUUAAAUUAAAUGAAAACCAAGUCCUUCUUAAAAUGCUGCCUUAUAAGUGUAGGAUCUCAGCUUUAAAGAAGACCAGAGGAGUAUUUCCUAUUAAACGUUCCCAUAAUAGUUUUCAGAACGACAUGGUAGGCAGUAUCGUUAACUAAAGAAAAUAAGUCUAUCAGUUCCACUUAGAUAACCUUUGGUAAUAAACGAACUCCAUACACGUUGUGACCUUAGCGCCUGAACUUUCUAAUCACAUGACUGGCUUGUAAACUGACCUGUGAGGAUGACUGUUGUAGCCCGGGCUGAGAGAGAGGGCUAAGAGAGAGAAAUUGGCCAAGUGUCGGAAGGGUGGUCAUCAGGCUGGACUUGUCCUGUAAUCUCUGUUUCUUCAUGGCUGCAAUAGAACUUCUCAACAGACUCCGAGAAGCAUGAAAUGGAGACAUGGGAAGUUUCUGUUCCAGAUGAUCGGGCUGAACAACGAACCUGUCUCAUUUGUGGGGACCGUGCCACAGGCUUGCACUAUGGAAUCAUCUCCUGUGAGGGCUGCAAAGGGUUUUUCAAGCGGAGCAUUUGCAACAAGAGGGUAUAUCGGUGCAGUCGUGACAAGAACUGUGUCAUGUCUCGGAAGCAGAGGAACAGGUGCCAGUACUGCCGCCUGCUCAAAUGCCUCCAAAUGGGGAUGAACCGGAAGGCAAUCAGAGAAGAUGGCAUGCCUGGAGGUCGGAAUAAGAGCAUUGGGCCAGUCCAGAUAUCAGAGGAAGAGAUCGAAAGGAUUAUGUCUGGGCAGGAAUUUGAGGAAGAAGCCAAUCACUGGAGCAACCAUGGUGACAGCGACCACAGUUCCCCUGGGAACAGGGCUUCAGAGAGCAACCAGCCCUCACUGGGCUCCACACUGUCCUCCAGUAGGUCUGUGGAACUAAAUGGAUUCAUGGCAUUCAGGGAUCAGUACAUGGGGAUGUCUGUGCCUCCACACUAUCAAUAUAUACCGCACCUUUUUAGCUAUUCUGCCCACUCGCCACUUCUGCCCCCACAAGCUCGCAGCCUGGAUCCCCAGUCAUACAGUCUGAUUCAUCAGCUCGUGUCAGCCGAGGACUUGGAGCCACUGGGCACGCCCAUGUUGAUUGAAGAUGGAUAUGCUGUGACUCAGGCAGAGCUAUUUGCCUUGCUUUGUCGCCUGGCUGAUGAGCUGCUCUUCAGGCAGAUUGCCUGGAUCAAGAAACUGCCUUUCUUCUGUGAGCUCUCAAUCAAGGAUUACACGUGCCUCCUGAGCUCUACGUGGCAGGAAUUAAUCCUGUUGUCCUCCCUCACCGUUUACAGCAAGCAGAUCUUUGGGGAGCUGGCCGAUGUCACUGCCAAGUACUCACCCUCUGAUGAAGAGCUACACAGAUUUAGUGAUGAAGGGAUGGAGGUGAUUGAGCGGCUCAUCUACCUGUAUCACAAAUUCCAUCAGCUAAAAGUGAGCAACGAGGAGUAUGCUUGCAUGAAAGCAAUUAACUUCCUAAAUCAAGAUAUCAGGGGUCUGACCAGUGCCUCGCAGCUGGAACAGUUGAACAAACGAUAUUGGUACAUUUGCCAGGAUUUCACUGAAUAUAAGUAUACACAUCAGCCGAACCGUUUUCCUGACCUCAUGAUGUGCUUACCUGAGAUUCGCUAUAUUGCAGGAAAGAUGGUGAAUGUACCCCUGGAGCAGCUGCCCCUCCUCUUUAAGGUGGUGCUGCAUUCCUGCAAGACAAGUGUGGGCAAGGAGUGACCUGUCCCCAGCACCCCUCCUCAGGCCGACCACAACACCUGGGGUGGGCAGGACAGGCUCCGGAAGAAAGAGCCAGAGAGACCAAGAUGGAGGCUGCGGAGCAGCGUUGCCGGUUGCCUCCAUAGCAAGAAGAGUUUUUGUUUGUUUGUCUGUUUUUAACCUCAUUUUUCUAUAUAUUUAUUUCACGACAGAGUUGAAUGUAUGGCCUUCAACAUGAUGCACAUGCUUUUGUGUGAAUGCAGCCGAUGCAUUUCCUUGCAGUUUACAGAAUGUGAAGAUGUUUAAUGUUACAGUGUUGUCAUUGUUUAGAGAUAGUUCUUUUGUAUUUUGAGGGGAGAGGGUGGGAUGGGGCUGAGAUGACUAUUUCCGUAAUGUUGACAAAGAUGACUACCUCAGUGGAAAGGGAGGGGUGUGACCAACCCUACUUUUUCCACAUGUUCUCAGCAGACUCAUGUAUUUGUCUGUCAGAGAGCAAACUGCCUUUUUCUAGCUCCAGAAUUGCCAGGUAAAAGAGCACACCGUAAAAGGGAAAGUGGUGUUAGGAGGUUUACUGAGCGAGGUGGAUGAGACAUAGGGAAGAGGACAAGAGAUGAGGCUCAAACCGUCUCUUUUCUUUGGAAAACGUGAAGGUUGAGAGUGUUGGGCCCAGUGACCACAUCUAAGUCAGGUGUCCUCCUUCCAGACAGGUGCUCAGGGAGAAGGGUUUCUGUUCUCACACCACUCUGUGCCCCUUGCCCCUGUCCAUAUUGCCGCUGAUUUCUACCACUGUCACCUUUUCGUCCAGGUAAAGUCCUGGCAAUAAGCUAAUACUUGGGACUUGCCUCCCAGCUCCCUUGAGGCUCACAGCUACCUAGUUUCCUUACCUUGCUCAAACUCAUUGCCUCUCUCGCCCUUGUAAACUCGACUUCCUGUUGGCCCCUUGAAAAAAAAACAACUGAACAAAAUGUCCUGCUCUGAAUCCUGGCACCCACUGCUGGUUUAUUCUCCUUUUACCUUCAGAGGGUAGUGGGACAAAGGCCAGCCUACUAAUAGAAGAAACACUCCUCCUUUGGAGUCUCUGUUUCUCUCCCCACUUUACCCCUUCCAGUGCCACCCCCAGGUCUGAAUCCAAAACUGCGGUCUCUUUUCCAAACAGUGCGAAGGACCGUUCGCCUGUCUGCUGGCCAGAAUUUUUCCCCCUGCAUUCUACUCCAGGCUCUCCUCAUCUCCGAAAAUGAGACCAGCUUUCCUCAGGAUGGGAAGCCCAAGACCCAGAGCGGCCCAGCUGCUCCGUAGAGUAUCAGCGGACUGGCUGACCAAGGCCUGGAGGGCUGGAGUCCAAAGCUCCUGGAAGGGAGGGGCGGCUUUAAACUACCUCAUUUUUCUAAAGGCCUGGCUGCCCCCUCUGCAGCUAUGGCCUAGACCCCUGUUCUUUCACGACCUGCCCACCUAGUGCCAGGAAGUGUUCCUUACCCUCUUUGCUUUGGCCAGCGGUCACACCAGCUCUGUCGUGGAACUCUCUCAGGGGCUUUUCCCUUCUCUGCCUUACUGUAGCAGUUGCUCCUGUGUAACCCAGGUACCUCCCCGAGCCAGUGCAGCAGACAGACCCCUUAGCUGGGUGGGCUUGAGGGGCCUGCAGCACCUCCUUUUGCCUGUUGAGUCAAAGGCCGUUUGCUCUCUUCCCAACUCAGCAUAGUUACUCAGAGGGCCACCACACUGCGUGCAUGUUGGGUAGUCUGGGUCAGAUUGUAAUUUUUUCUUUCCGGUGAAAUGUUACGGGUACCAGCAGAGUGAUGACUUUGUCCCUUGAUGGAUCUAAAACUCAGAGCACUACUUCUUGAUGCUAUUUCCCCAACUGCUCUGAGAAAGGGGGGGGGUGGGUGUAAAGGAAGAAGAGACACGUUUCUCAGGAAAAGCUCCAACCAGAAUGGUUUUCACAUGUCAGUGGGAAGAUUUGUGUGUGUCUGUCUGUUUAUUUCUAAAUCACGAUAUUUUUGUUUCUCUGAUAUUUUAUUUAACCAACUGGAUCACAUUCUUUGGCUGCAGGUCAGACUCCAAGCUGCUUUCCUCAAGGUAGGGGAAGGGUAGACAUAUCAGAGACCCCUUCUCCAAGACGGCUCCUGUGUGCCGCAUCUUUCUUUGCUAGACCACCGUCAGUCAAAUUAUUUCUUAAAUUGCUUUUCUCUUAAAUUAAGCAUUUUAUUGGUUGUGUUGGGUAUCAAAGGAAAUUGCUCUGAUGAGGCAGGAACAUGUCUCUUUAAUAAUGCAGCAUUAAACAGAGCAAGUUGUUAAUUUGUGGAGUGGGGGAAAGGUUCUGCAAGUUGCCAUUGUACAAAUCCAUUUUUACAAAUGUUUGCAGCAGAUUCCACAGAACAAAGGGCCCAUUCAUCGGCCGAGAGCCCUGCAGAAUCUCUGAGCCAAGUGGCCGUGUGUUCCGAGCCGGAGCCUGACCUGUAGACCGCCUUUAAUGUCUUCUGCACCCAGUCCUUUUAUGACAUGGGCUUUUUUUAAACAGGGUAAAGUGACUGUGUUGCGUCGCAAACUCAGGUAUUAUGAGAGGAAGGUAGGAGUAUAGCUAGCAGUGUGGAGACAUUAGGUCAGCCACUAGAUGUAUUUGUGAAUUCAGUUUGAAGGACACAGAGAAAGGUUGGAGGGGGGAGGUUUGGUGUGUUUGUUUUCUGCCUUUCUUCCCAUAAUGUUUGGUUAACAGGUAGCCUUUUUGCUAGUGGGAAAGAAAAAAGUUGUGCAUGUUGUCUCUAAUCCCCCUCUCUUCUGUCCUCUCUCUGUCACCAACAGCACCCACUUUGAGAAUUUUUCCACCAUAAAAACAAGACCCUGAAAACUGUGUGGCAAAGGAGAAGCCCUACCUCCUUGUACUGUGUUGAAACAUGCAAGCUUUUCCUUUUCCUUUCCUUUCCCUUUGAAUGUUUUCUUGACCCAAAACAAAAGUUGGGAAUCUUGGAACCUCACCCACAACUCGUGCUCACUGGCUCCUUUGUAGACUUCUGGAGUCUUCCACAAGGCUUGAUGGUCUUGCCCUCAGUCUGGAGAAGCUCCCCAGAACCUGUCUCAAAGCACUCCACCUGGCUCAGAGGAUACCCAGGCCCAGUCCAUGAGGUGGGCCGACCUCCAGGAAUAGAAGGCAGCAGGCAGGAGCCUCUCUGUUCUCUUCCCUAGAUCCAGAGGAGAAGAGGUAGAGGGAACUGACGGGUCUCCAUGGCAUCAUGGCAGUCGCCCACUCCACACUGCCCUGCCUCUCCCUGCCACCCCUUCUCAGGGAAGAGAAUCCUGUCAUGGCCAGUGUGUCACCAGGUCCUUAAUGCCCUGAGCUCUCUGAGCUAGUGACCUGGCUCUACUGCCCAUUUCCUACCUUAAUUUGUUCUCAAUUCCCUGGGGAAUGUGACAGAUGGAGACAGGCAGACAAACCCAGGAUGGGCAACAUCUAGGCCAUGUCCAAGGUUGGCCAAAGUAAAGAGACUCUGGGCCUCCCAGCAGGGCAGGAACUUGAGCAGUGGUUCCAAGUCUAGCUCUGGGCCCCUGGUCUAUGUCUUUUUUUCCUUGUGGCUUUUUAAAACUUUGCAGUUGUUUCAAGAAAUCCAGUCUUUUAAACCAGCCCUUUUGUUAAACUUUAAAUUUUUCUUUAUUGAUUUGUUUAGAAGUGAAAAAACCACAACCAAAAAAAAAAAAAAAAAAAACCACCAAAAAAAAAAAAAAAAAAAAAACUAAACAAAAAACCCACCACUCUUACUUGAUCCAUGAGCGUCCCCCCGCACUCCCCUCUGCCUUUGCAGUUGAUUAUUCCUCCCCUUUUCCUCAGCUUAAAGCAUCUAUGUCCAGUGUCUGUGAAAUGAUGUUUUAUCUGUGUCUCAGGAUAAGAAACAGCAAUCAUUCCACCAGGUGCUGGAAACUGGUUAGCCCUGAAGCAAGGGUUUCUAGGGCCACAGCUCAGGGAUGUGUAUUUAAUUACAGGGUCCCCGGAAACCCCUCUCUUGGCUACCACAAGCAACGGCCUCUUUUCUGGGCUUGGGAGCCAGACAUGGACUGUUUCCUCAGAGGCAGGGCCCCACAUAGCAUGGUGGGGCUUCUUCUUUGGCUGGAGCUGGGCUCCUUUGAGACUUGAAGACUUCUGGCUGUCCUGCACCAUGAGCCACAGUGGCCCUGCCUCUGCCAACUCAGAAGAUGCCUGGUCCCUCUGCCCAAUCCGUUCCCCAUCUGGCCUCUCUCCUCUGGGCCUGCAGCCCUAAAUGGGCCACAACCUGCUUAGGACUCAGUUGCAGGCUCAAAGGGAAGCUGUGAAUCAGGCCAGAGUUUGCUUCAAGCCCAAGAAAAAAGUUGUCUUACUGGUGGAGGCUGGUCUUCCAUAUCCUGGAGCCAGCCCUGCCAGCCAAAGGAUCGUUUUUUUGCCCUUUGGUAACCAUUGUUUUCUUUCUCUUAUAAUAGGUGAUAAUGUUGUUGAAUCAAAUUUCCAUGAAAAAGAAAAAAAAAAAAAAAAACUACCUCUUGAGUGACAUCCUGGUCGAUUCCUCUCUGAGGAAUCUGUGGGAAAAGAAUACUGUAGCUCUUGCUCUGUUUACAUGUUUCUAUCAGGAAAGAAACCCCGCCUGCCCUAGGGUGUUGGUGUUUUUGUCUGUGAUAGGGGCCUGUGGCUGCGUUGUAAUGUCUGGGCCGUGUCUGGGGACUCCUUCCCACCUGCCCAGCCAGGGUCUAGCCAUCCCUGUGAAGAGGCUUCCUUUUCCUUCCUAUGGCAUAGGGAGCACCACCUUCGGCACAUGCAUCCGUGAGCCUACCCCUGGGCUACCUACCUUAGGCCCACCUCCACCCACAGUCCUGUAUAGGAAUCGUGUAAACAGGAUGUCUCUGAGCCCUUGUCCCCAAAGGGCCGGCCAAGGGCUGCCUGCCAACCUGGCUCCAUCAGUCCUGUAUAACCAAGUGAUCGUUGGCGGCUUGGCUACCCAGGCCCUCUGCUACCUCCCACCCUGCCAUCGGGCAAGGGAUGGGCCCUUUUCUGUGAAUUGACUACCUGUGGAAAUGUGACCAAUUAGUGUGAAAUGCAUGUUUAGCAAAUGUUAGGUACUGUAUUUGAACCAAUAAAUGUGAAUCCUUCUGCACAUGG